GAUUAAGAGAAUGGAAAAUUCAUUAAAAAAUGUUAUUCAAUUUUGUUGCAAAAGAAACAUAGAGGUUUUACUUUUGACACUGACUACAUGUUUUGUUCUUAUUUCUCAUAUUUAUCAUUGGAACGAAUAUGCUUUUAAAACAAAGAUGAACAUGAAAAUGGCAAAUGUACUUAUUUAUGAUGCAAUAUUAUUGAAUAUAUCCAUUCUACAUUCUUUUAUUCAAAUUUCAAGGAUAGUUCGAAAAGCAUUUAUUCACCAAAAAAAGAUAAUUUUGGUGAAUAUUAUUCUGUACUGCAGUUUCAAUUGUUUGUGUUACAUGUGUAUUUUACUUCUUGUUGUACCUGAUAAAUCAUACUUACUUAGAUUUUCUCUACCUACGAUGUUGUUUUUGUUUGACUGGGAUAAAUGUGGAAGAAUAUCUCGCUCUAUACUAUAUUGGCAUUUAAAGAUUAAUGGCAAAGCAGAGUUAGUUGAAAAAACCACCACAUUAGGACAUAAGUUAAUUAGCCAGAUGGUUCUUAAGAUACUUUUUGUAAUUUUUGGAUGUUUAUCUGGCUUAGAGGAGAUUGAACGUCUUUCUCUUUUAACUAUUGUAGCACUUGUAACAAAUUGUAUAACAUUUGUCUCAAUAUUUCCUGCGCUAAUGUGUUUUUGUAGUCAAGUUUUAAAAAGUAGCUCUUUAGAAUUACAAGAUGUCCACUCAAAAAUUUAUCUUAGUCAAGUAAUGGAAGAACUCUAUCCUCCAAUAAAGAGUUAUUCAUCACCUUUAUACAUAAGAUUUAUCAUGUGUGUUGUUGUUACUGGUUUGCAUCUCUUUAAUUGCAUUGUUUAUGCCUCUGGUCAGUCUUCUAUUGUGGUAAGAAUCAUUUCAUUGAGUACUUGGAAUGUGUCUGCAGAACAGUUGUAUAUGGCUGUCAUGGUUAUCACAUUAGCUUACAAAUAUUUAUCUCAUGAAAUAAAGAAGUCAUUACCUCUUAGUCAAUUAAAACCUGAAACAACAUCUUGUGUUGGUUUGUCUUCCUGUAACACAAAUAAUGAUCUUCAAAAGACAGAGCCAUUAUGGAAUUUAACUGACAAUGAGAUUAUUCAACUUUGUAGAAAUAAAUGCAUCCCUCUUCACAGUUUGGAACAAUCUUUAAAAGACUAUGCAAGAGCAGUCAACAUUAGGCGAAAAAUUGUUAGCGAGAAACUUUUUGAGAUUGACGCUUUGGAAGAACUUCCUUGGAAAGAUUAUGACUAUGCCAAGGUUUUUGGUGCUUGUUGUGAAAAUGUAAUUGGUUAUUGUCAAAUUCCUGUUGGAGUGGCUGGUCCUUUGGUUCUAGAUGGUGAAGAGUAUUUUGUACCAAUGGCAACAACUGAAGGAUGCCUAGUCGCAAGUACAAACAGAGGUUGUUCUGCUCUAAGAGCAUCUGGUGGAGUUUCAAGCUACUUACUUGGUGAUGGAAUGACACGAGGUCCUGUUCUUAGAUUGCCUUCAGCUAAAUUAGCAUGUGAUGUUAAGAAAUGGCUUGAAACAGAGAGCAACUUUGAAAUUCUUAAAGAGUCAUUUAAACAAAGUAGCAGGUAUGCUAAUCUUAAUUCUGUUAAGUGUGCUGUGGCUGGUCGCCUAUUAUUUGUUAGAUUUAAAGCAUUUACAGGGGAUGCCAUGGGUAUGAAUAUGGUCUCCAAGGGUGCAGAGUAUGCACUUAAGUUACUCCAAAUGGAGUUUCCUGAAAUUGAAGUUGUAAGUGUCUCUGGAAAUUAUUGCACAGACAAAAAAGCUGCUGCUAUAAAUUGGAUUGAUGGACGUGGAAAAAGUGUUGUCUGUGAAGCUGUUAUAUCUCAAGAUAUUGUAAAAAAAGUUUUGAAAACUAGUGUUCCUGCAUUAAUUGAUGUAAACACAAGUAAAAAUCUUGUUGGUUCUGCUUUGGUUGGAACUAUAGGCGGACAAAAUGCACAUGCCGCUAAUGUAGUUACAGCUAUAUUCAUUGCAACAGGUCAAGAUCCUGCACAGAAUGUAGUUAGUUCAAAUUGUAUUACGUUGCUUGAAACGACUGGUGAAAAAGGAGAAGACCUAUACAUAAGUUGUAGUAUGCCAUCGUUAGAAACUGGAACAGUAGGCGGUGGAACUGGGCUUCCGGGGCAAAAAGCUUGUCUUAAGAUGCUUGGCGUUGAAGGUAGUGGUCAAAUAGCUGGAGAAAAUGCUCAACGAUUGGCUCGUAUUAUUUGUGCAACUGUACUUGCUGGCGAGUUAUCUUUACUAUCGGCUCUUGCCGCUGAUCAUCUAGUCAAUAGUCACAUGAAAUUAAAUCGUCAUAGUAAUAAAACUGUGAAUAAAGAAACUCCAGACAGCUGCCCUGUUUUAUAGAAAUAUGCAUUAUUUAAAACAACAAACACCUGUCCCGUGCUGCAGGAGUAUACUUUAUGUGAUAUGAUAUAGGCUAGAUUUUUAUUUCAAAUAUUAAAUAGUUAUAUAAACAGCAUUUAUACUAUUUUUUAUGUCAAAUAAGCUAUUUUUUAUGUCAAAUAGAAUUUCUAAUGUAAAAUAUUUUUAUAUUGAA